GGUUCCAACGCUUUUUAGUCGUCUUCUCCGGUGCGUCCAAUUCCGCGCGAUUCUGUGACAUAGCCAUCAGAUCUCGGCGGGGUAUCUGCUGAAUUGAUUCUAUGUGAGAACUCAUGGGGGAAAGAGUGAAUGAAGUUCUUUUCGAGACGCGCCGUCACGCUUCGAGGCCUUAUGUUUCGAACUACCCUCCGCAGCAGCAGUUGAAACCUGGUGGUGCUGGGAGUUUGCUUUCUCAUCUUCCGUUUCGAGGAAUCACUCAACUUAAAGAGAAAUGGAGUGAGUAUAGGCAACCAAAAAGAUUCAAAAGGUUAGUGUCCCUGUUUGUAUCUGCAAGAGGUGACUAUGUUGCUGUAGCUUCCGGAAACCAAAUAACUAUUCUGCGGAAGGAUAAUGAUUACCAGGAGCCAGUUGGAAUUUUCAGAUGUCAGAAUGCCGUUACAUUCAAGUGUGGUACUUGGUCAGAAAGUCAUGAAUUACUUGGAGUUGCUGAUGAUUCUGAUACCAUCUACAUUGUUAGACCAAAUGGGGAAGAGAUGACCCAAAUUACCAAAAGGCAUCUGAAAGUCUCCUCACCUAUUGCUGGCUUGAUUGUGCUGGAUGAUGGUCCUGAUAAGAAAUCUUGCUUGUGUACCUUUACUGUUUUUGUUUCCGAUGGUUCAUGCCAUGAUAUUGAGAUAUCUAAGGAUCCAUGUGCAUCCAUUUUUCCAACACAGUUACUGAACAAUGCAUCCAUACAAAGACAACGUCCUCUUGAAAUUUUGUGCUGGGACUAUCACCCAAAACAUUCUCUAUUUGCAAUAGUCAGUAAUGCUGGUGAUACCCAAUCGUCACUUAAUGGGAACACUGGAUCCUUUAAUGUAUCUAUUUGGAGAAGGAAAGAAAAUCUACAAAUGGAACCAAUUGUUUUUGCCAAAUCUGAUGGUUCAUACACAAUAACCAAAGGUUAUCACAGUCAACUGUCAUCACCAAAACUGCAGUUCUCACCAUGUGGAAAAUUUGUUGUUUCUCUGGAUACAGAAGGGUGCUUAUUUACUUUCCAGUUUGAUGAAAGUAAAGGUUCUCUUGUACAGAUUUCAAGUGGAAAGGGCUGCAAUUCAAUGGAGGCUAUGGAUUUGUCAAGCAGUAGGGCACAGUUUUUGCAUAAUAUUCUUGACUUUACUUGGUGGUCAGAUGAUGUACUUAUAGUUGCAAACAGAAAUGGCACAGUCACCAUGGUUGACAUUCUAAAUCAUGUAAAUGUCUCAAAAAAUAAACUUGAAUUUUCACUGCCUCUUUUAGAAAGAGCUCAAGGGGCCCCAGGGUUGGUUUUUGUUUUAGAGAACACCUUAGAUGAAGAAAGCAAUGCAUCGGAACAGAAGGGACUCAUUGGGCAUGUCAUGACAGAUAAGCCUGAACAAUUUGAUUUUUCCAAGCCAAAAUGGAGUUUAACAUCACUGGUAAAAAGAUCUGGCCGUGAAAUUUUUGAGAAUCUGAUUAUUAAUCGAAGGUAUCAGGCGGCUAUUGACUUUGCUGAUUGUCAUGGGUUUGAAAAAGAUGAAGUGCUAAAGUCACAAUGGUUAUCUUCUGCCCAUGGAGUUCAUGAAAUACAAAACAUUCUGUCCAAUAUCAAGGACGAAGGUUUUGUUCUUUCUGAAUGUGUGGAUAAAAUAGGAUUAACCGAAGAUGCAAUGAGAACUUUACUUUCUUUUGGGCUCCGCCUAACAGAAGCUUACAGAUUUUCUGAGUUGGAUGAUGCUGAAGAUGCCCAAAUCUGGAAUUCUCGUCUCGCAAGACUUAAGCUGUUGCAAUACAGUGAUAGGCUAGAGACAUUUAUAGGGAUAAACAUGGGCAGGUUCUCUGUGCAGGAGUAUAGCCGAUUCCGUGACUUUCCUCUGAGUAAAACUGCUUUAGUACUUGCAGAGAGUGGGAAAAUAGGAGCCCUGAACCUUCUAUUUAAACGCCAUCUUUAUUCACUAACUCCUUCUGUUUUGGAAGUUUUGGCUGCCAUACCUGAGACAAUACCAGUUAAAUCCUAUGGGCAGCUUCUUCCUUCCAUUUCUUCUCCUACAAAUGCUGUUGUAAGGGAUGGGGAUUGGGUGGAAUGUGAGAGAAUGGUAUCAUUUGUCAACAAUAUUCCUGGAAAUAAUGAGAACAAGGUCCAAUACAUGACUGAGCCCAUUGUAAUGAAAUAUAUGGCAUGCCAGUGGCCAUCUAUUUCUGAUCUUUCUUCAUGGUAUAAGAAAAGAGCUAGAGAUAUUGAUGCCUUAAGUGGUCAGCUUGACAACUGCUUGUGCUUGAUUGAUUUGGCUGUAUCUAAGGGGAUAUCUGAAUUGCAGCAUUUUCUUGAGGAUAUCUUUUAUUUGCACCAGCUUAUUUACUCUGAUGAAAUUGAAGAUGAGGCCAACUUUUCUUUGAGUCUUGCUACUUGGGAACAACUUCCGAAUUAUGACAAAUUUAAGUUGUUAAUGAUGCAUGUGAAGGAGGAAAGUGUAAUUCCUAGACUACAUAAAAUGGCAGUCCCCUUUAUGCACAGCAGGCUUAAUGCAUUAGUUGGAGGUGAUACUAUUGUUGAUUCACAGAAGACUGUCGAUUCAUUUUUGGUGCGAUGGUUGAAAGAAAUUGCUUCACAAAAUAAACUAGAAAUGUGCUUACUAGUAAUUGAAGAAGGGGGCAGAGACAAGGCUGACCAUCACUUUUUCAAAGAUGAAGUGGAGCUCAUGGAUUGUGCCCUUCAGUGUAUAUAUUUGUGCACUGAAACAGAUACGUGGAGCACCAUGUCUGCUAUUUUGUUAAUACUUUCACACAUACGAGACUAUGAUUCCGUGGAUAUCAAACACAGAUACAAACUUGCAGAGGGCCAUAUUGAAUCUGGCCGAUUGUUGGCAUAUUAUCAGGUCCCAAAGCCUUUAAGUUUCUUUCUGGAAGCAAACAUGGAUGAAAAGGCUGUAAAACAAGUUAUUCGUCUUUUACUCUCAAAAUUUAUUAGGUGGCAGCCAAGUCGAACUGAUCAUGAUUGGGCAAACAUGUGGCGUGAUUUGCUGUCUCUCCGAGAAAAGGCAUUUCCAUUUCUAGAUUUAGAAUAUUUUUUGAUUGAGUUUUGUAGGGGAUUGCUUAAAGCUGGAAAAUUUUCCCUAGCUAGGAAUUAUUUGAAAGGUACGAAUUCAGUUACUUUGGCAACAGACAAGGCUGAAAAUCUAGUCAUUCAAGCUGCAAGGGAGUAUUUUUUCUCAGCACCAACACUUACUUCCUCUGAGAUCUGGAAGGCGAAGGAGUGCCUGAAUAUUUUUCCUGGGAAUAGAAAUGUCAGGGCAGAGGCUGAUAUCAUUGAUGCUGUCACCAUUAGACUUCCAAACCUUGGAGUGAACCUUCUCCCUAUGGCAUUCAAGCAAAUAAAGGAUCCUAUGGAAAUCAUCAAGUUAGCAAUUACAAGUCGAAGUGGAGCUUAUCUAAAUGUUGAUGAACUUAUUGAAAUUGCUAAACUUCUUGGGUUGAGAUCAGAAGAAGACAUAUCAACUGUUCAAGAAGCAAUUGCACGAGAAGCAGCAUUUGCAGGAGAUGUACAGUUGGCUUUUGAUCUGUGUCUUGUGCUGGCCAAAAAGGGCCAUGGUUCUGUUUGGGAUUUAUGUGCUGCUCUUGCCAGGAGUCAAGCCCUUGAGAGUAUGGAUUUGAAGUCCCAAAAGCUGCUUUUAGGUUUUGCAAUGAGCCAUUGUGAUGAAGAAUCAAUUGGCGAACUUCUUCACGAAUGGAAGGAUAUUGACUUGCUGGACCACUGUGAAACUCUGAUAAUGUCAAGUGGAAGGGAGCCCUAUGAAUUCCAUGAAAAAAGUUUCUUAACAUCAGGAGAAUUUUCUGGGCGAACUGAUGUCAGUUUUGAGCAUGAGGAACCACAGAUUACAAAAGUGAAAAGCUUACUCUCUCUGGUAGCUCAAAAUUUAUCUGCGGAAAAUGGCUAUGACUGGGAAUCUGUACUUAACGAAAACAGCAAAGUGAUUUCUUUUGCUUCCUUACAUCUCCCUUGGUUGCUCAAAUUGAGUGAGGACAAAGAAUUUGGGAAAAGAUCUGCAUCAGAUUCACUAUCCAGAAUCCGGCAGAUUAGUAUAAGGACCAGAGCAGUGAUGACUAUUCUGUCAUGGUUGACAAAAUGUGGUUUUGCCCCCAAAGAUGGCUUGAUUGCUUCCCUGGCUAAAUCAGUUAUGGAGCCGCCUGUUUCUGAUGGGGAAGAUAUUCUAGGAUGCUCUGUUCUAUUAAAUCUUGUAGAUGCUUUUCAUGGAGCUGAAUUUAUUGAACAACAGCUGAAAAUAAGAGAAAAUUAUCGAGAAUUUUCCAGUUUGAUGAAUGUAGGAAUGAUUUAUAGCAUGCUUCACAGUCUAGGUAUUGAAUGUGAGAAUCCAGCUCAAAGGAGGGAGUUGCUGCUGGAUAAGUUUCAAGAGAAACAUAGAACACUUGGUUCAGACGAAUACACUGAAGUACAUGAAGAACAAUCAACAUUUUGGAAUGAUUGGAAAGUUAAGCUUGAACAACAGAAGAAUAUGGCCGAUAAAUCAAGGGUACUAAUCAAGUUGAUACCUGGAGUGGAAACCUCUCGGUUCUUUUCUGGAGACAUGGAAUAUAUACAAAAUGUAGUGUUUUCUCUUAUUGAUUCUGUUGGAAUCGAGAAGAAGCAAAUCAUGGAUGACACACUCAAUCUUGCUCGUACCUACGGUGUGGAUCGUAGCAAGGUGCUUUUGUAUUACCUGCGUACUAUACUUGUUUCUGAGGUAUGGAGCAUAGAUGAUAUCACGGUGGAGGUUUCGAAUCUUAAAGAAGAAAUACUUUCUUAUGCUGAAGAAGUCAUUAAAUUGAUUUCGGAAAUCGUCUACCCUGCAAUUGAUGGACAUGAUAAGGAAAGGCUUGCUUUCAUAUACGAUCUACUCUCUGAAUGCUACAUGCAGCUUCUAAAAUCGAAAGAGCUGUCAACUGCAAUGGGUCACGAUCAUGCACAAUCCAAUGCCCUUGGUCUGGCCCGAUUUUGCAAAACUGUUGCAGAAGAAUGUCGAAGGAGCUCCUUUAUUAAAGGCCUUGAUUAUAAAAACAUAGCUGGAUUACAAGUUCUGAACUUGAGUAGCUUCAAAGAUGAAGUUUGUUCUCAUCUGAAUGAAAAGAAUGUGGAUACAUUGGCGGAAAUGGUUCAGAACCUUGUUCUUUUGUACGGUGAUACCGUGCCUGUGGGUCUUCCAUCUGGAAAAGACGUAUAUGCGCAUUACAUCUUCGGUUGCUUGCACACUCUAGAAGGUAAAAUGGAAAGGGAAACUCAUUUUCAAAGUUCUUCGGAAAUUUGCUCUAAAAUAAGCGAGAUUCAGCUGACUUAUGAUACCUGUAAAAGGCAUAUGAGGUUCGUCGAAUAUCAAGUUAUCUCGGACAUAGUGCCAAGGUUUUUCUCUAUAGUACUAUUAAUCAAUGAAAGUUUAAAGGACUUUCCCUGUGACUCAACUGGGAAAGAAUGCCUUGUGAAACUUAUAAAUUUCUGGCUUAGAUUAAUGAAGGAUAUGGAGCAGGUGUUACUCGACGAUGCUUCGGGAGAAAAGCUCUAUUCUGAAUGCUCGACUACAUGUCUGAAAGUCCUCUUAGACUUGCUCGUCGAGGAGAUAGUGUCGCCUACUCAGAGUUGGCAUACUGUUGUUAAUUAUGUGGCUUGUGGUCUUCAACGUAAUGUUUCUAUUGAAACAUUUUAUUUUGUCCGAGCAAUGAUAUUUUGUGGAUGCGGAUUCGAAGCUGUGGCUCGAGUAUAUUCUGAGGUUGCAUUACAGUUCCCGCGAGAGUCGUUUGUUUUUACAACCUCCGAGAAGUCUUCUGUGAACAUCCAAGAUCUUCCGCAGUUGUAUCUCAGCAUACUUGAGCCUAUUUUGCAAGAUGUAGAUCGAGGGACCAUCGAACGCCAGAAUUUACAUUAUUUCCUGUCGUCUUUGAGUAGAAUGGAAGGAGACUUGGAGGAUCUGAAUAAAGUACGGCUCGUGGUGUGGGAAAGGAUUUCUACUUUCUCCGACAACUUACAGUUGCCAAACCAUCUUCGCGUGUAUGUGUUGGAGCUUUUGCAGUUUAUCUCCGGUAACUUAGAUGUGUUGUCUUCGGAGUGUCUGGAAUUUCUUUUGCCCUGGGAAGGUUGGGACGAUUUACAGGAUAAAACUACGAAUCGAGCUAAUUCAUCCAACGAUCUGACUGCAAAGGAUGGGUCGAAUAGAGUUAUGAGCACUCUUGUAGCUCUUAAAUCAACACAGCUCGUCUCGUCUCUCUCCCCCGGCCUAGAAAUUACACCCAACGAUAUCCUCUCGGUGGAUUCCGCUGUUUCGUGCUUUCUAAAAUUAUCCGAACUGGUCACUGAUCGAUCGCAGGUCGACACUUUGAUAGCUCUGUUAGCCGAGUGGGAAGGAGUGUUUUUGUCCGGGACCGAAGACGGUGCGACCACAGAGGAAUCCGACGCUAUGAACUGGAACAACGACGACUGGGACGAGGGUUGGGAAAGUUUCCAAGAAGAAUCGAUCGAGAAAGAAACUACGGAAAGCAGUAGCCGUCGAAUCCAUCCCCUCCAUACUUGCUGGACGACUGUUAUCCUAAAAUUGAUCGAAUUUUCCAGCCACAGGGACGCGCUGAAAUUACUCGACCAAAAUGUCGGCAAGAAUCACGCAGUAUUGGUGUCUGAAGACGACGCUCGUAACGUGACGCGAGCUGCGCUCGAAUCGAACUGCUUUUCUGGUCUUAAGAUGGCGUUAUUGAUGCCGUACGAAGCGACUCAGUUACAGUGCUUGGAUGCAGUCGAAGACAAGCUCAAGGAAGGAGGGGUCCCGGACAUUGCCGAGGAUCAUUUCUUCCUCGUCCUCUUAUUGUUGUCGGGAAUUCUACCGACUGUCAUGACAAAGGCUUCUUACGGCGCCACUUUCUCGUACAUUUGUUUUAUGGUAGGUAAUUUCUGUCGUCGGUUCCAGGAGGCGCAAGCGACGGGGCUCAAAAAUGGCGGCGGCGAGAAUGAAUCAGAAAACCUCCUCGACUCGCUGUUUGCGGAAAUUGUAUUUCCGAGUUUUAUAGCCGAGCUUGUGAAGGGGAAGCAGCACAUUUUGGCGGGGUUUCUGGUCGCAAAGAUGAUGCACGUGAAUGUUUCGGUUGGCUUGAUUAACAUUGCGGAGGCGACUCUGAGGACGUAUUUGGAGAGGCAAUUGGAGGAAGGGACAGCAUGGGAGACGACGAGGUUUUGCGGAGCGUUGUCGAAUGCCGUUGCAGAUUUGAAAGGGAAGUUGGGGAAUUCGAUUCGGAGUGCAGUUGGUUUGCUGCCAAAUGAGGUUAGGUGACUCUCUAUACUCACUUUUUACUUCUUUGGCUUUACUCGUCAUUCUUCAUCUUUGUGAUUUUUGUAUGCAUAAUUAACUGAUUAUAUGUUUAUUAUGUGUGGUGAAAGAAAGGGUGGUUAUGUUUUACUA